AAGGCCAUGGCGAAUAUGGGCGACAUGAAGUUGAAAAUGGCCGUUGACUAUAAGGUUCCCGAGGACAAGAAGUUAACGGAGCAUCGAGCACGCAAGAAGCUGGUCUAUCUGGAGGAAAUUAUUUUUAGUAUUAAAAAACAGUUCAACCUGAAAAUGCUGACACUAAGGGAACAAAAAGUCCAGUAUGUGAAGAGAAUGAACGAGUACAGCCGCCUGAUUGAGGCGAAUCAAGCUGUCCUGCCUGCAGGGGAGAUCAUCAAGGUGCCGCACGUCGAGCCAAUGGCCUUGGCUGAAAAUCCGCAUUCCUACAUGGAUUACAGUGCAGACGACAUAAGGAUCUACAAGAAACAAAUUGAAGAGAAAAUGAAAGCUGCC